AUGCUGGCCACAGCUGUCGUGCCGCUGGAGCACGUGCCAGAAUUUGCACACGUGUACGCAGGCAGGCUGCCAGCGAACUUGGCAUCACAGCCGCUGCCGCCGCAGAUUGUUGCAGUGGGAAGAAAGGCUGUGACUGGGCUGCUGGGGUGCAUCGUCAGCCACAGCCGCAACUGCGCUGCUGCCUCUCAGGCGAAUGAGGCCUUUGUGGCCCUGGCGGCCCUGAUGCGAGAAGAGGAUCAUGUGUCGCAGCAGCAGCAGCAGCAGCAGCAGCAGCAGCAGCAGCAGCAGCAGCAGCAGCAGCAGCAGCAGCAGCAGCAAUAG